CUGGAGGCAACCACUAAGAAGGCUUAGUCCAGCAUGCUCAAUAAACGAACUUCAGCAGGUGUCUGCACAUGGAGCAGCGCCCUCACAGCCAAAAGCCAACCUGGUCAGGAGUUCACAAGAACACACACUUCAAGAGGUACCCCAUCUAAUGGCUCACAAAACACAAAUGGAAGAAACAAACACACCGAGCAUGCUCUGCCCACCAGACAACGCGAAACCCACUGGACAUGCUCAACAAACCAAGUUCCAAAGAUGCUACUUUACUCAGUUCUUUGUUUGUGCGUUCUCAUCACUCUUAAUGGAGCUACUGCCUUUUCAUCUUUAACAAAGGAUGAGCUUUACUUAAAAAUUAGUAACCCUCAUAUGCUGCCGGAGAAGAAUGUUGGUUCUCUGAUAAAUGCCCAAAAGUCGGAAAUUUAUGAAGAAUAUCUGGCAAGAGAUUGCAGGGCUGCUUACGUCCAUGGUAGGAGGCGAAGCGGCCUGUAUGUCAUCCGUCCCAAACUGUCUUCCUUAUUCGUGGUCUACUGUGACAUGGAGUACGACGGAGGUGGCUGGACAGUCUUGCACAGAAACAAUGCCAACAAAAAGUCAUCUUGGUCACGAACAUGGCAUGAUUAUAAGCAGGGCUUUGGGAGCCUUUUGGGAAACCACUGGCUUGGCAAUGAAUUCAUGCACCUUUUAACCAGGCAGAAUGCUUUCUCUGUGCGGUUUGUCAUAACUGAGAGUAAUGGGGAAAUCAAGCAUGCUGAUUACAGUAGUUUCAAGGUAGAUACUGAGCAUAAUGGUUAUGCUUUGAGGCUAGGGAACUAUUCGGGGGACGCCACAGAUGCACUGACCACUAUGUAUGAAACAGGAAUCCAUGACAACAUGAAAUUUUCUACCAAAGACCGGGAUAAUGACCGGAGGGUUGAUAUAAACUGUGCACUUAAUAAUGCCGGUGGCUGGUGGUACGAUAACUGUUUCUCAGCCGUCCUAGCCAGUGACAACCGCAUUUACUGGAAGGGAUUGUGCACAGACAUCAAUGCCUGUAAAUUGGCUUCCAUCAUGAUUAGACCAAAUGGGAAAAAUUGCAACAUACCUUCAAGAUAUUAAUGAAUUGAACUGAUUCUUAGCACUUUAGGGGCUUCUUCUUACUUUAGAACAGUUUCAACCGCCAAUACACUGUUUGUAGAGCUCAAAUACUUAGGACAAAAUCCCCCAGGAAUUUAUUUUACACAUACCCCAUCGAAAUGACUGGGAGACAGCUACAUGAGCACACAGUAGUUGUGCUCUAAGCACUUCCCAUUUAUUUCAAUUAGACUUCUUCCGGAAAAUUUCCCAGUGGAGUCUUCUCUUAUUUUCUCACCUGCUUAAGAACAGCUGUUAAAUACUUGGCCCAGAUCCAGAAUUGGUAUUUUCCAAUGUGAAAGACAAGAGAAAUCCGCAUCUUCCUAGGUGUGAAAAAGUCAUGGCUUAUUAAAACAAAG